CCCCGCCGUUCCUCCCUUCCUCCUCCUCCUCCUCCUCCGCUACCUCGGUGAGGCGCUUCUCCAGCAGCCAGGCAGCAUGGCGGCCGUGGAGACACGGGUGUGCGAGACGGACGGCUGCAGCAGCGAGGCCAAGCUCCAGUGCCCCACCUGCAUCAAGCUGGGCAUCCAGGGCUCGUACUUCUGCUCUCAGGAAUGUUUUAAAGGAAGUUGGGCUACUCACAAGUUACUACAUAAGAAAGCAAAAGAUGAAAAGGCAAAGCGAGAAGUGUCUUCCUGGAGUCUAGAAGGUGAUAUUAACACUGACCCAUGGGCAGGUUAUCGAUACACUGGUAAACUCCGACCACAUUAUCCACUGAUGCCAACGAGGCCUGUGCCAAGUUAUAUUCAAAGACCAGAUUAUGCUGAUCACCCUUUAGGAAUGUCUGAAUCUGAACAGGCUCUUAAAGGUACUUCUCAAAUUAAAUUACUCUCAUCUGAAGAUAUAGAAGGGAUGCGACUCGUAUGUAGACUUGCUAGAGAAGUCCUGGACAUUGCCGCUGCGAUGAUUAAACCAGGUGUAACUACUGAAGAAAUAGAUCAUUCUGUACACUUAGCAUGCAUUGCAAGAAACUGCUAUCCUUCUCCCUUGAAUUAUUAUAAUUUCCCAAAGUCUUGUUGUACUUCAGUGAAUGAAGUUAUCUGUCAUGGAAUUCCAGACAGACGGCCCUUGCAAGAAGGUGAUAUUGUUAAUGUGGACAUCACUCUUUACCGCAACGGUUAUCACGGGGACCUGAACGAGACGUUUUUUGUUGGAGAUGUGGAUGAGGGAGCACGGAAGCUGGUGCAGACCACGUAUGAGUGCCUGAUGCAGGCCAUCGACGCAGUGAAGCCUGGUGUUCGAUACAGAGAAUUGGGAAACAUUAUUCAGAAGCAUGCUCAAGCAAAUGGCUUUUCAGUUGUUCGAAGCUACUGUGGGCAUGGGAUCCAUAAGCUUUUUCAUACAGCCCCCAAUGUACCCCACUAUGCCAAAAAUAAAGCAGUUGGAGUGAUGAAGGCGGGCCACGUAUUUACAAUUGAGCCAAUGAUUUGUGAAGGUGGAUGGCAGGAUGAAACCUGGCCAGAUGGUUGGACUGCAGUGACGAGAGACGGGAAGCGGUCUGCUCAAUUCGAGCACACCCUGCUGGUCACGGACACUGGCUGUGAAAUCCUAACCCGGCGACUGGAUAGCGAGAGGCCUCACUUCAUGUCCCAGUUUUAAUUUCCCCGAGAUGGCACAUCUCAGUAACACCUCCUGGCUGUACCAUGCUUUUUAUUGAAAUUACAGAAUGGAAGAGGAAGUUUUUUAUUACUUGUUUUGUUUUGACUGUAGAUAAAGGAGGGACUACAGCAUUUGACAUGUAUCCUCAAGAACUUACCUUGGGUCUGGAAAAGCCGAGAAGAGUAAAGGAAACAUUUUCAACUCCUUUCAGUGUUCCCCUACCACCCACUCCCCAAAUUUCUGCACCCCUGUUUUCUCAUUUGCCCUAUGAGCACUUUUACUUAAACCUGCUUCUAGUUGCUUUUAUCACUGCCACAACUGGGCCAUCGAGAGCCAGCUGCUUUCCAGAUAGAUGAAUGUGGAAGAUGAGAAUCCUUGAAACUUCAGCAACAUAUGUUGCUUCAGAUUUUUUUUAUUAUAUAGGAAAUAUAUAUGUACACAUUUUAAAUUUCAUAUAUGUAAUUACUGAACACUAUGUGCCCUGCGUUUGUGUUGAUUCUGCUCUGACAGGAUUAUAUGCUGUCAUAAAUGGACCCAUAGUGUGCAGUGAUUUAAUUCCCGGCUGGGAAUUGGCCUCCCUCCUCCCCCAUGCUAAUUAUUUACCCUUGUAGUUGUGUGUAAGGAAGCACUCGGUCCGACUCUGUCAAUGAAUGGAUGUGGCAAAAUCCACUUUGGAAAGAGAUAAUAGGUUUUUAAAAAAUCUAGCUUAUGGCAAAAAUAGCCAUGUUCCAGGUGGUAGCUGGCUGUCGUAGAGCAUGAGGAUUUUCUGAUACAUUGCUAUUUCAGACCUCUAUUUGGUCAAAAUGGGAGGGGAAAAGUUCCCUUCCACACUUUUUUUUAUUUCAAGGGCACACCUUGGAGAUGUUCAGAGAAGGGUGGAGGUUCACUGUGGAAGUUGAUGGGGAAAGCCAGUUCUGAAAUCUCUCCCGCAGUGAGCAGAGUAAGUCAGGUGAGAUGUUACGUCCUAACAUUUAGUAAACCUGGUUGUGAUGAGAAAGGAACCUCUGAAGAUUGUACUGUUUCCUUGCAGUAGGGAUACAGACGACCCCGGAGUGCUGAAAACACUUCACCUUUACAUUGCUGGGAGCCUCAUUAGAAGUGACCUCAGCUGCCCAAUACCUAUGCUCCUUUCAGUAGUUCAGUCCCAAUGGGAUUGUAUCCAGUGAAGGCAUAUCAGAUGAAAGUCGUUGUCAUUAGAGUGUACUUGAUUACUGGGUUUCAGGUGACUCUUGUAAGAUAAUUUGAUACCACUGACAUGUUAUACUCAUACGAGAACAUCUUUCCCAGAGUGCCUCAGACCUUAUUGCUUUAAAAGAAUUAUGAUAAUGUUUUCAUUUUAUUAUUUUAAUGAUUUAGUCAAGUGACCGAAUCUGGUAUCGACUUUCGGGGGUAUGUGUGGGAAGUUUUUUAUCACACUGUAAUAUUUGUGAAUGGAAUGCCUUGCAAUAUGAAUGUUAAUAUAAUGUGUAAAGGGAGAUUAAAAAGUUUGAGUGACUAUCCCGCCAGGUGGUCAUGAACUUUGCUGCAUCUCUUUGGGAUUUCAGAGGGAAAUGGUGGGAAUGGGGUGGCUCAUUUCAUAAUCUAAAAUAAACUCAUGACCAUUUGAAUAAAAAUACUUUUUCAAGUUCAAUGGCCAUAUAAAAAUUCCAGUACUGUAGUUAGGUCAGCAGAGUCUACCAGCAGCAUUUGAGAUGCAACUGUGGUUUUGAAAGCUGUUAAAUAACACACAGAAUGCUAAAUAUUUAGGGGAGCAUUUUAUGUACUGAUAAUGGAAUUAAGUGUGAGCUGAUUCAGUGUCUAUCAUUACAAAAUAAGCUUCAGGAAAAGGUCUUGGUGGGAUAGUUUUUUUGUUAAAAGAUAAAACACCAUACUGGUGAUGAUGCUUUUCUCGGUUUGGGAGAUUUUAAAAUAAUAUGGGCCCUAUUCUAAUUGUAUAUAUCUAAUUGUAAAUGCUUAUUAGUUUUAGAUAAGAAAACAUCUAGUUUCAUCAUUCUGCCAACUUCUCAAAAUGAGCCACUGUGUUAACUUUUUAUUUUUUGUACUAACUUUUAAAAAUAACUUUUUCUUUCCCUGUCAGCCCUUCAUGGCCCUUUGGAAUUAUAAUUUAGAAGAAGAGAAACAUGUUAGCCUUUUAAUUUUAUUUUAUAACUUUUGCUGAUAAAUGAAUUAAGGUUCAUUAGAACUCAUUUACCAACAUCUUUAUACCACUUGCCUCCCACAUGUCUAAGUUAAUAGGAAGAGGAGGUUUAGAAAUUUGUUUGCCAUCUUAGCUUGAUUUCUCAAUUUGUUCUAUAAUCACUUCUGUUUUUUCAUUGAGUUUGGUUAAAUUUGAGAGCAGGAUGGUCCACUUUGCUAAAGCCCCCAGAAGCACCCUCAUGGUAUCAGUAAGCUUUUUCCCCCCCCUUAUUUUUUUACUUCCGAUUUUUUAUUUUGAAAUGUUUAAGUUUACAGAAAAGUUGAAAGUGCAGUACCACGAAAUAAUCACAUAUCCUUUUCUUGUAUUCAACAAUUGUUAUUUUGCCAUAAUCUCUAUGUAAGCACGCUUUUCACUUGGAAGAAGUGGCUUCGCACUUCACUCAUUACUGUUACAGCGUGUCUCUUAAAGCAUAAGGAUGUUUCCUACGUGAUCAUAAUGCAGUUAUCACACCCCAGGAAUUUAACAUUGGUACAGAAUUGUCUAAUGCAGAGAUUUUCAACUUUUUUCAUCUCAUGGCACAUAAUUAAUUACGAAAAUUCUGCAGCACACCAAAAAAUAUAUUUUUUGCUGAUUUGACCAAAAAAAGUAUAAAGUUGAUUCAUUCUCACUGAACGGCUCUUGUUGGGUUGGUGGUUUUCAUUUUUUUAUUUGACAGCCUAAGGGAAAACAAUUCAGUACUGCUGACUAAAUAGUCAUAUAUUGCGUGUUUUAAACAUUCUUUCCACUGGUGACACACUAUUUGAAAGUUGCUGGCCUGUGGUCUAAUGGAUUGUACAUAUUCAAACUUGAGUCUCACUUUCUCCCAAAAAUGCUCUUUAAAGCUUUGCUUUUUUUUACUCCAGGAUCCAAACCCACGGCAUUCGGUUGUCCUGUAUCUGUAGCCUUCUUUACUCUAGACCAAUUCUCUCAGUUUUUAAAAAUAAGAAUGAAAUUGACACUUGACAAA